AUGUGGACAGAAGUCGGGAAGCUAAUGCUCUUACAUUUGUUACUAAUGGAGCUCCACUCCACCCAAGGAACUCAUACUGAUACGGUUUGCGAAACGGGUCAGUUUCAAUGCAAGAACGGAAGGUGCAUACCUACUCUCUGGAGAUGUGACGAGGACGACGACUGCUCUGACAACAGCGAUGAAGAAAACUGUCCAAAGAAGACGUGUGCCACCACAGACUUUGCGUGUGAGAACGGCCAGUGUGUUCCCCAGCGGUGGCGCUGUGACGGGGAGCCGGAGUGUGCCGACGGAUCAGACGAGGCCGACGCUACGUGCAGUCGACAGAUGUGCCCACCUGAGAAGUUUGACUGCGGGGAUUCGGCCAGCAAGUGCGUCUCAUCGUCAUGGCGAUGUGACGGGGAGAGGGACUGUGAGAACGGGGCAGACGAAGACCAGUGUUCCGCAGACACCAAGGCCUGCCCCGCCAAGGACUUCCAGUGCCGUAACAGAAAAUGCGUAGCGCCCAUCUUUGUGUGCGACGGCGACGACGACUGCGGGGAUGGGAGUGACGAGGGGAAGUGUUCCACCCCCACGUGCGGCCCCCAUGAGUUCCGCUGUAACGACUCGGAGUGCAUCCCGAACAUGUGGAGCUGCGACGGGGACCCGGACUGCGGGGAUAAGUCUGACGAGUCUAUGGAGCGCUGUAGUCGCCGGACGGAGCCCCAGAAGCCCCGGUGUCCCGAGGGGGAGUUCCAGUGUGGCAGUGGAGAGUGUGUCCACCUCAACUGGAAAUGUGACGGAGACGCAGACUGCAAGGACAAGUCUGAUGAGGCUGACUGCGCUCUGCUGACCUGCCGUCCAGAUGAGUUCCAGUGUGGUGAUGGAUCCUGUAUUCAUGGCACCAAACAGUGUAACGGGGUCCAUGACUGUCCUGACUUCAGCGAUGAGGCUGGCUGUAUCAACGCCACUAAGUGUGAUGGCCCCAGGAAGUUUAUGUGCAAGAAUGGAGAGUGUAUCGACAGCAGCAAGGUGUGUGAUGCCAUCAAAGACUGCAAGGACUGGUCAGACGAACCUAUGAAGGAGUGCGGUGUGAAUGAGUGCGCAGACAACAAUGGAGGCUGCUCUCACAUCUGCAGAGACCGGAGGAUCGGCUAUGAGUGUGACUGUCCCGCUGGAUACAAACUAAUGGACAAGAAGACCUGUGGAGACAUAGACGAGUGUGAGAACCCUGACGCCUGCGGCCAGAUCUGCGUCAACUACAAAGGAGACUACAAGUGUGAAUGUUACGAGGGCUAUGAGAUGGACCCCAGCACCAAAUCCUGCAAGGCCGUGGGGAAGAGCCCGUACCUGAUGUUCACCAACCGCCACGAGAUCCGUCGUAUUGACCUAGUGAAGAAAGACUACACCCAGGUGGUCCCCACGCUGAAGAACGCUGUAGCCCUGGAUGUGGACGUCACCACCAACAAGAUGUACUGGUGUGACCUCUACCACCGCAAGAUCUACAGUGCAUACAUCAACAAGGCCAGUGAUUUGUCGGAGCAGGUGACUCUGAUCGAGACAGCUCUAACCUCUCCAGAGGGCCUGGCAGUAGACUGGGUUCACAAGAACAUCUACUGGACCGACUCCGGAGACAAGACCAUCUCUGUCGCCACGGGAGACGGCAAGAAGAGGAGGAUCCUGAUUGCCACGGAGCUGAGCGAACCGCGUGCUAUCGCUGUGGACCCCCGACAAGGGUUUAUGUACUGGUCCGACUGGGGGACCCAGGCUAAGAUAGAGAAGGCUGGCAUGAACGGAGUGGACCGCCAGGUACUCGUGUCCGAGAGGAUUGAAUGGCCCAACGGCAUCACUCUGGACCUAUCUAACAGGCGUCUCUACUGGGUGGACUCUAAGCUGCACCUGCUCUCCAGCAUUGACCUAAACGGUGACAACCGCAAAGUGCUGCUGAGCUCCCAGAACCACCUGGGGCACCCCUUCGCACUCACCGUCUUCGAGGACCGUGUGUACUGGACAGACCUGGAGGAUGAGGCGAUCUACAGUGCUAACAGGCUAACAGGCCGCGACGUGGCUACGCUAGCCGAACACCUCAACAACCCUCUGGACGUAGUGGUGUUCCACGAACUACGGCAACCCAGAGCUCCAGACAGCUGUAACGUGGGCAGUCUACCUAACGGGGGCUGUGAGUACCUGUGUCUCAAAGCCCCACAGAUCACAGACCACUCCCCCAAGUACACCUGUGCCUGCCCCGAUGACAUGGAGCUCGGGCCCGACAUGAGACGCUGUGUCACAGCAUUUUCUGAGUUUCAAACCCAAGACAACCACAGCAGCUCCUACCACAACCACCACUACUUCCACCCCGGCUCCGACUACAACCACUACUACAACCACAGCUACUUCUACAACCACGACUCCAACCAGUACAACCACAGCUGCUCCCAUAACCACCUCCACAACUGCGCGGCCACAUACGGCCAAAACCACACGUCAGCCCAGCACCACGCGGUCGACCACAGCUUCGACAACGUCCCCCCCUCCUCCUCCCCCCAGGAACACAGCUUCAUGGAGGACACCCCCCUCCACCUCCUCAUCCACCACCGCGUUGCCUCUGGGAAUGAACACUACCUUCUGGGUAACAACAUAACAGUGGCGAUCCUGGGUAUAGUGAUCCCUGUAGUUCCUAUCCUUGCCACAGUGGUCAUCGGCCUGCUCUGCACCGCCGGCUUCCUGGUCUGGCGUAACUGGCGCCGGAAGAACACGAAGAGUAUGAACUUCGACAACCCCGUCUACCGUAAGACCACGGAGGACGACGAUGACGAGAUUCACAUCGGCCGUACGGGAGAGUCCAUCGGUCACGUCUACCCCGCUCGCGUGGCGCUCAGUCUGGAGGAUGACGGAUUCCCCUGA